AUGGAAAGUCUCGAAACGGCGUUAAAACAGGCGGCAGGCACGAAACCGGCAGAGCAGAUCAGGAAUGUGUGCCUGGUGGCUCACGUGGAUCACGGGAAGACGAGCUUUGCGGACUCACUCGUCUCAGCCAACGCAGUUAUUUCUAGUGAGUCUCUUAGGCUUCUUCCUGCCGUGUUCAGUCUCUUUUUUAGGCCGAAUGGCCGGAAAACUCCGCUAUAUGGACAGUCGAGAGGACGAGCAGACACGUGGAAUCACCAUGAAAUCGAGUGGAAUCUCUCUGCUCUGCGAGCCGCUGCUCAUCAACCUCAUCGAUUCGCCCGGACACGUGGACUUCUCCGGAGAAGUGACGUCGGCGCUGAUUCUCUCCGACAUCGCUCUCCUCCUGAUUGACGUCAUUGAAGGAAUCUGCUCGCAGACGGAAGCGCUCAUUCGACAGGUCAUUCGCAACGGACAGGCUAUGAUUCUGGUGAUCAACAAGAUCGACAGACUGCGUGUCGAACUGAAAAUGUCGGCGGCGGAAGCGUAUCAGCACAUGGCACGGCUCAUCGAAAGAGUCAACAGUUGCAUCAGUCAGGUGCUCGGAGGCAUCGUGGUCGAAGACGACACGUGGGGAAACAUCGAGAAAACAGAGGCGAAGCUCCAUUUCAACCCGGUCAAUGGAAAUGUAAUCUUCUCGUCGGCCCUCCAUUCGUACGCAUUCGGAUGUGAAGACUUUGCACAAUUGGCGGCGGAGAAGUUGAAAGUAGAGAAGGCGACGAUCAUUCCGUUCAUGUUCGGAGACUUUUGGCUCAGCUCAACCGGAGACAUCCGAGAAGGAGCUGCCGCCAAAAACAAGGCGACGCUGUUCGAACGAAUCGUUCUGGAGCCACUUUGGAAACUCCAUGACCUGGGACUGGUAGAGAAUGACGUGGCAAAAUUGGCAGAAGCGGGAAGGAAACUCGGAUUCACUUUAAGAUCCAGGAGGGCCAACGAGGCUUUCGAUGAGCUCAUGCGUGCCUGGCUUCCGCUUCCGAGGGCGAGCUUCAGGGCAGUGGCGCGUGCUCCGAACGUUAGAUCGACUUUUGAAACAAAACACCGUCUGGAUCAUCUGACGGGUCAGCGGUUGGAUCAUCCGUUGAGGUAUUUUGUACUCAGAUGCUCGCCGGAAGCGAUGACGAUAGUUUUUGUGGUGAAACUGUUGCAGACGGAAGACAAGAGCCUCACUUCAAGACGGGCGAUUUGCCGCAUUUUGAGCGGAAAACUUAGGAAAGGCGACACGUUGUACGUUUUGCAGCAACAUGUGAGUAUUCUAAAUGGUCCUUCCAGUUGGCUAUGCUCCUCUCAUGCUCACAUCCCUCACAUGCUCACAUUUCAGGCGAACAAUGAGGUGGCAUCCACCAAGAUCGAGCGCAUCUCGAUCCUCCGUGGCCGUGACUCCAUCCCCGUGGAUAUCGUAACCGCCGGAAUGAUUUGUUCCAUCGACGCCCAGAUCCUUCUCCAAAACACGACACUUUGCGAUGCACCAAAAUACCCUUGCUUCAAAAUCGGAUCUCAAACUGGACAAGCUCUGGUUCGUGUCUCGAUUAGCACUCAACAGCUGGAGGACAUGGACGAAUUGCGCGAGAAACUCAAACUUCUCGCUCUUUUGGACACUAGCCUCAAAGUGAUGGAAUUGGAGACCGGAGAGCUGGCGAUGGUGACAGCUGGAGAAGUGCAUUUGCAGAAGUGCAUCAAGGAUCUGAACGAUUUGGGACUUGUGAAUCUGGAUGUUUCGGAGCCGAUCGUGCCGUUCAUGGAGACCGUCAUCGAAGAUCACUCCCUUUCUGCUCAUCAAAUUGCGGAGCAAGAGACAGAGUGCAAGAUUCGCGAUGCUCUGCACAUCAAGCUGCGAGUUGUUCCGCUCGCAGAUGCUGUUGUGGAGGUGCUCGACAAACACGCCCUACUUAUCUCAGCAAUACGACGAGGAGAAGCCGACCAGUCAGAGGUCGACGAAUUCCAGGAGAAGUUGACUGCAGUGUGCACUGAACACCUUCCAACACUCAAGGGAUCGUGGUGGUACCGCAAACCGAAAGAGUUCAUCGAAAUGAUGAUCGAACGGAUCUGGGCAUUUGGACCGGAACGCGCACGCGCCAACAUUCUCUUCAACAACGUUCAGAACUACGAUCGUGACCUCGUCUGGCGACCAACCGAACUCGGAGUACGCCCACAUGAUCAAGGACUCGUGUCGGGAUUCGAAUUGUUCUGUAACACGGGACCGUUAUGCAAUGAGAUCAUGCACGGCACGACGGUGAUUGUGGAGGAGUGGACAGUCGACGGGGAGGACGGAGCCAUCGGAGGGCAGAUGACGACGGCGAUGAAGGCGACAUGCGUGGCGGCGGCAAAGAAGUUGGCGCUCCGAAUGGUGGCCGCCAUGUACAGGUGUACGGUCACGACUUCCAGCGGAGCACUCGGAAAAGUGCACGCCGUUUUGUCGCAGAGAAAGUCGAAGGUGGGCGACUAGACCUUUAGGAAUCAUCGGGUGUUCUUUCAGGUGCUCUCCGAAGACAUCAACGAAGCGACGAACCUGUUCGAAGUGGUCUCUCUGAUGCCAGUCGUCGAGUCGUUCUCAUUCUGCGAUCAACUUCGCAAGUUCACCUCGGGAAUGGCUUCCGCCCAAUUGCAGUUCUCUCACUGGCAAGUCAUCGAUGAAGAUCCAUACUGGACUCCGUCGACUAUCGACGAGAUCGAAGAGUUCGGACUGAAAGGCGAUUCGCCGAAUCAUGCGAGAUGGUACAUGGACGCGGUGCGGCGGAGGAAAGGACUGCCGACGGAGGAUCUGAUUGUCGAGUCGGCCGAGAAGCAGAGAAAUCUAAAGAAGAAUAAGUAA